UGACUCAGUCGCGCGAUGUCAACGGCUUUGGUCUACUGGCAGUCAAUGAACGCCUCGAUGGCUCAUGGCCAUGAGCCCGGCCUGAUCGGCAGCUCGACGGGAACGAUGACAGCUGCGCCGCCAGCUGUUGCCGUUGGUGUCACCGCCACGUCGUCGUCCGCCUGGCGUCCAUCGUGGAGCAACUGGAGCAAUGGGGGAAAUGGCAAUGGCUAUCAACUGCUGCAGCAGCAACAACAGCCACAGCCGCCGCAUUAUCUCGCCCAAAUCGAUUGCCAGCAUACGAUCAAGAGCUUUGCCGCCAAUCCCAGUUCCCGAUUCAGGGCAACAAUCAGCAUCAGCAGCAAUGAUACGAGUCAUCAUCAGACCCAGUCCCGGCAUCAGCAUCAUUUCUUGUCACAGCGGCCAGCGCAAUAUAGCUUAUCCGCUGGAUAUGGUUCCAGCGGCGGCGCCGUGGACACAUCGCAGGGUAGCGGGACCGGCGGCGGGGGCGGCGGCGGUGGCGGCGGCAGACAGCGCCAUGCGCCGCUCUACGGACGCUUUGUGGUCGAAGAGGAACUGCCUGCCACGCAUCGUGAUGUUAUGCAUCAUCACUCUAGUCCUUCGUCUUCGUCGGAGGUGCGCGCCAUGCAGGCACGCAUACCCCCGCAUUUUCGAGAUCCGGCCAGUGCACCAUUGCGAAAGCUGAGCGUCGAUCUGAUAAAGACCUACAAGCACAUCAAUGAGGUAUACUACGCAAAGAAGAAGCGCCGAGCCCAGCAGACACAAGGCGACGAUGACUCGUCAAAUAAAAAGGAGCGCAAAUUAUACAAUGAUGGUUACGAUGAUGAUAAUCACGACUAUAUCAUCAAGAAUGGCGAAAAGUUUCUGGAUCGCUACGAGAUUGAUUCACUCAUCGGCAAAGGCAGUUUUGGUCAAGUGGUCAAGGCCUACGAUCAUGAGGAGCAAUGCCAUGUGGCAAUCAAGAUAAUUAAGAAUAAGAAACCGUUCCUAAAUCAGGCACAAAUCGAAGUCAAACUGCUCGAGAUGAUGAAUCGUGCGGAUGCUGAAAACAAAUACUAUAUCGUCAAGCUCAAGCGCCAUUUUAUGUGGCGCAAUCAUCUGUGCCUCGUCUUCGAGCUACUAUCGUAUAAUCUAUACGAUCUAUUGAGGAACACGAAUUUCCGUGGCGUUUCGCUGAACCUCACGCGCAAAUUUGCGCAGCAACUGUGCACGGCUCUUCUGUUCCUGAGCACACCCGAACUGAACAUAAUACACUGUGAUCUGAAGCCCGAGAACAUAUUGCUAUGCAAUCCCAAGCGAUCGGCCAUCAAAAUUGUUGACUUUGGCAGCUCCUGUCAGCUGGGACAGCGCAUCUAUCAAUACAUCCAGUCGCGCUUCUAUCGCUCACCGGAGGUGCUGCUGGGCAUUCAAUACGAUUUGGCCAUCGAUAUGUGGUCGCUCGGCUGCAUUCUGGUGGAGAUGCAUACCGGAGAGCCGCUCUUCUCCGGAUGCAACGAGUUCGAUCAGAUGAACAAGAUUGUCGAGGUGCUGGGCAUGCCGCCCAAGUAUCUGUUGGAUCAGGCGCAUAAGACGCGCAAGUUCUUCGACAAAAUUGUCACCGAUGGCUCCUACGUGCUAAAGAAGACACUCAAUGGGCGCAAGUAUAAGCCGCCCGGUUCCCGCAAGCUACACGACAUACUCGGCGUGGAGACAGGCGGGCCGGCUGGCAGGCGUCUCGAUGAGCCGGGACAUUCCGUGUCCGACUAUCUAAAGUUCAAGGAUCUGAUAUUGCGCAUGCUCGACUUUGAUCCGAAGACACGAGUCACUCCCUACUACGCCUUGCAGCACAACUUCUUCAAGCGCACCACCGACGAGUCGACCAAUACGAGCGGCGCAGGCGCCACUGCGAAUGCCGGCGCCGGUGGCAGCGGCUCGGGUGGCAGCUCGUCCGCUGGUGGCGGCGGUGCCGGUGGUGGUGGUGGUGGCGGCAGCAGCCUAACUGCAGCUGGCAGUGGCGGCGCAGGACCCGGCGCUGGUGGUAGUGCCAGCGGCACUAGCAGCGGACUGAACGCUAGCAGCAGCAGUAGCAGCAGUGUCGUCUCCUCCAGCGCAGCGGCAGCUGCGGCAGCCAUUGCAGCAGUCAACUCCUCAUCGUCGGGUGGCAGCAACAGCAUCGGCGGCGUCUCCAACCAGCAGCAGCAGCAGUCGCUCGUCUCCAGCAGCAACAGCGGCGCCAUUGAUCCCCAAUGUUUGGGUCUGCUAUUGCACCAUGCGAACAACAACAGUUGCAGCAGCAGUAGUAACAGCAGCAACAACAACAGCAAUGCCACUGCGAUGAACUUUUCGGCGCUCAGUCUGCAGCCGCAGUCAGCGACAACAGCGAACAGCAGCAGCAGCCUCAACAGCCUUAACAGCAGCAGCAAUAACAACAUUAACAUAAACAAUAAUAACAGUCUGAGUAGCUUAAAUCAUAGCAGCAGCAGCGGCGUCGGCGUCAGCAGCGGUCGCCGCAAUAUUUAUAUGGGCAACAGCUAUCCGCACGCCAUGGACUGUGAUCCGCCGCUGGGGCAACAACAGAUGCCGCCGCCACCGCUGCCGCCCGUCUCGGCCGCGACUAUGGCAGCGGCAGCGCUGCGUCUCGGGCAGACGCCAUUUGGGCGCAUGCGCAACAGCGGCGUCGGCAUCGCGCCACACCAGAAUUUCAGCAGCAUUAAGCAUAACGGCAAUGUAGUACAACCGCCACCACAGCCGACGUCGUUGCUUCUGCCGCCGCUGCCACCACCCGCCGCACAUCAACAAAUGCAACUGCCGACACAGCCGCAGCCGCAUCACAGCUAUGCGCCAGCGUCCCUGCCGCUCGACCUGAUGCAUCAUUAUGGCAACAUGUCCGCCGCUGCCUCGCAUCUGAUGAUGACCGAUUCGAGCGUUAUCAGCGCCUCUGCUGCUGGUGGACCUCCAGCUGGCUCCGGGCCAGCCUCAUACGGGGUACUACUCUAUCAUCCGCAGCCGUUAGCUCCGCUGCCGCUGCCCAUGCAGAUGCCAGCUUCUGCGUCGACAUCAUCAUCGUUGGCUGCGCUGCCAGCGCCGGCAGCAACGUCCAGCGGUGGUGGCAGCGGCAGCGUCAGCUCUACAGCCGGUGCCAGCAGCGAUGCCUCUUCGUCGUCGCCCAUGGUGGGCGUAUGUGUUCAACAGAAUCCUGUAGUUAUACAUUAGCGUUACCUGCCGUCUAUAUAUACUAUACUUUAAAAUGUUUCAUUUUAA